UUUUUUUUUUAAAAAAAAUAAUGAGUUUUGUUUCUUUUAUAAAUGAAAACACCAUCCACAGACUUUUUGCCGCCUUACACAAAAAGAAUACAUAAAGAUCGUUCUACUCAUGCUAUGCCAAACAAUCACGAUGCCUGUGAAUUUGUUUGCUGCAUUUGCAACAGCCAUAGCCUAGAUAGAACAAAAGCUAUAGGUCCAUACAUGAUGCAAUCGAAUCAACCAGACUUUGUCACGACCUGUCCAUGUUUACAAAAGGCUCAUCCAGCAUGCUUGAAACGCUAUGACACAGACUAUGUUUGCAGAACAUGUAACUAUAUUUAUCCUUCUAAAAAGUGUGUCUUUCUCGCAACGCUCUCUACAUUUACCUGCCAUCUACUCAGUUUCCUUUCUCUUAUCGGCCUCGUAUUUGGUCUUUCCCAGUUAGGAAGGGCCUUGGACGAACUGGCCUUAGGAAGUGAAAUAGGACCCAAAAUAGAUGGAGACGAAACGUGGCAUGAUCAAGAGAUGUUACAAAUUGCGGUGUGGUUGGAUAUCGUUCAUUACUCUACGGCCUUUGCAGGACAAGCUAUGCUUGGAUUAGUAUACAUAAUUGGUGUUUGCUUAGUGAUAGGUAUUCGUCGAACAGCUGAUAUGAUAGCUAAUAUUCUGCAUAUAAAUCUGGAUUGCAUAUAUAGACACAAUGCCAUACCCAAGCAAAUAAAGCCUAUUACAGUGUACAUCUGUCUAUUACUUCUGGGCUUAUUUUUAGGCACAUAUCUGCUCUUUUUUUCCUGGAUAUGGUCAAGCCUACUUUGUAAACUAUGGAAACAACUGCUAGGCGCUCUCGCUAGGGAAAGAACAGAUACUAUUGUCUAAAGACCUCCUUUUUUUUCGAUAGGUUUAUCCUGUUCAUACCCAAUGUCAAUUCCCACAAGAAAUAAAAAUGCUGCAGGUUGAUAAAUUUCUGGGUUAUGCAUCACUAACGCCAUUAAGCGUCAAGUGUUUUCCCAUUAUUAUUUGCUAUCCCUUAAAUGCCCCCUCAAUUAUAAUCUAUCAAGA